AUGGCUCCUUCACGCGUUUCGCGGCGCUUUAGUAGUGCCACUACUGGCAUUGCUGAGGAUGGCUCACCGAACUUUGCUUUUGCUUUUGAUAUUGACGGUGUACUCCUACGAUCCUCAUCCCCAAUUCCUGGAGCUUCCGCUGCUCUUACCCACCUCCACAACAACAAUAUUCCAUUUAUCCUCCUUACCAAUGGAGGCGGCAAGCAUGAAAGCGCAAGGGUCGCAGAGUUGAGCAAGAAGUUAAAUAUUCCCCUGACAGAGGAGAACUUCGUCCAGUCCCAUACACCUUUCAGGCAGCUAGUUGAAGGUUCGGAAGAGACGCAGAGCCUGGAGGACAAGACUAUCCUUGUAACCGGUGGAGACGGGGACAAGUGCCGAAAGGUUGCCGAAAUGUACGGAUUCAAAAACGUUGUCACACCUGGCGAUAUCCUCAUGGCACACCCCAACAUCUGGCCCUUCAACCAGAUUUUCUCUGACUAUUACCAUAAUAAUACGCGUCCAUUACCCCGCCCCAUCGACCCUGCUAACCCAUCCAAAUCCCUCAAAAUCGAUGCUAUAUUUGUGUUCAAUGAUCCGCGUGAUUGGGCAUUGGAUACUCAAAUCAUUCUGGAUUUGCUACUGUCGAAGGAAGGUAUUCUCGGCACAUAUUCUGAAAAGAAUGGUGACCCCUCUCUUCCCAACAAUGGCUGGCAGCAAGAUGGUCAACCCAAACUCUUUUUCUCCAACCCCGACCUGUUCUGGGCUACAUCCUACCAUAUGCCAAGACUCGGCCAGGGCGGCUUCCAGGCUUCAUUGGAAGGAGUUUGGAGCGCUACGACAGAUGGUGCAGCUUUAAGACGGACUACCAUCGGAAAGCCGCAUACACACACAUAUGAAUAUGCCGAGAAACUAUUGAUUAGAUAUCGUGCUAAGCUAUUGGGUGAACCGGCCAAGAAAGUUGGCAAGUUGGACCGUGUAUUCAUGGUGGGAGACAACCCCGAAAGCGAUAUUCGUGGCGCAAAUGAAUUUAAAAGUCCACUUGGAACUGAGUGGACCAGUGUUCUUGUGAAGACAGGGGUGUUUAGGGAAGGAUCCAAUCCUACAUACAAACCCAAGGUCAUUGUUAAUGAUGUCCUUGACGCGGUCAAAUGGGCCCUCAAGCAGCAGGGCUGGAACGGUCAAAUCCAGUAG